UAUCCGUCUGCAAAGCUCCGCCUUUGUUUUUGUGUUCUAUUCCUGUAGCUGUGAGUUAUAGUGAGACAUCAGGGCUAAAGGCAUGCAAGUCAGAUUUUACCAGUGACUAAUCAAGUUAUUUACUGCGUGUGAGUUCACCGAAGUCAUUCUUAUAAUCCCAAGGUGUCGAUCUGUUCAUGGACUGAUACUCCCGUACGGACACAUAAAAGGGCGCUGGGCUGCAACAGGAGGAGAUUGACAUCCAAGGAGACAGCCAGCACGCUUAAGGAGCAAGGAUGCCAGCUCAAGAAAGAGCAAAGGGGAAUCACAAGACUCGGACAGGCCAGUGUCAUAAGCCCAGAAUGGACCUAUUACUUGACCUUGGUCAGCAGCGUAAGGCCAUUUGUUCACAGCCACUGAGUUGUUGAGUCACAGACACCGAUCAUCUAUUCAAAAAAUGGAAGACAUCUUGAGGACAUCUGUGGCUGCCGUUUACUGAGAAGGCCGAGGUAGAUUUAUAAGAAUGAGUUAUUUUCUGGUGCUCUGUAAGACACAUGGAGAGACUGUUCUAAAUCAAUACCAGAAGCUGAGAGCUGAGAGAUUGCUCUUUGACAUUACUUUAGUGGUUGAUGGAGGUCGGUUUCCUGCACACAAGAGUCUCCUGGCUUGCUCCAGUGAUUAUUUUAAGCUCCUCUUUAAAGAUUAUACUAGAGAAUCUAAAGCUAACACGAUCUUUCUGGAUGUACUGAGUGCAGUGGGUCUGCAGCAUAUCUUGGACUUCAUAUACAACUCCUGGUUGUCCUUGUCUCCGGAGACCUUAGAAGAUACGUUAGAGGCAGCCAGCUACCUUCAGGUCACCGAAGCCAUUCAGCUCUGCAGCCAGUAUAUGAUCAACAAUCUCACCUUGGAGACCUGCUGUUUUUUUGCAAAUGUAGCCUCCAAAUUUGGUCUGGGAGAUGCAUUUUCAGCAGCAAACAGCUACAUCAGCAACAAUCUUUCUAGGCUUCUGACCAUUGAACAGCUACAGUUGAACCCAGAGUCGAUGACCGAAAUAGUAAGCUCAGAGGUAAUACCCAACGUAAAAGAGGUGUCGCUGUUAGUUCUUGUGUUGGAGUGGCUAAAAACCAUGAGGCUGCCUGCUGCCCACAGCAACGCCUUGCUUAGCAAAAUCAGGUAUGGCCUCAUCCCAGUGGAAGACCUCACAAAUCUAUACUCAAAAAAUCAGUUUCUGCAGACUGCUCAGGUAAAACGCUUGAUUCUGAAGGCAAUGGACUACCAUUCGCUUAGUAACCAACAACCCCUACUGCAGUGCAAGCAAACUACUCUGCGAAACCAAAGGAAACAGGUCGUUCUCUUAGGAGGAGGAACAGCAAGGGACGGUCUUGUAAGCGAGGUGCUGGCUUUUGAUUUAUAUACCAAGAAGUGUAGGCCCAUCACCGAGCUCAAGAGGAAAGUUCAAAACCACUGUGUUUGUGUGGUGGGGAAUUUUUUGUAUGUCCUGGGGGGUGAGAUCCAACAGACAAACACCACUGAGAAGAUUGCAAUCAUGCCCGUCACCAACAAGGUAUGCCGUUAUGAUCCUCGGUUUAACAAAUGGACUGAGACAGCCAGCAUGCUGGAAAAACGGUCAAGGUUCUCCUGCUGUGUAAUUGAAGAAAAUAUAUUUGCUAUUGGAGGAAAGGUCGCGGUUGAUUCACCACUUUCUUCUGUGGAGGUCUAUGACAUCAACACCAACAAGUGGGAAAAGGUCAGAGACUUGCCUCAAAAAAUGAAUGGGCAUGCCAGCACUGUGUAUAAAGAUACCAUUUAUGUUUCUGGUGGAGUGCAUGAAGACCAUAUAGAAAGCAGCAAAGAUGUUUACAGUUUCAGCCUGCAUGACGGCCUAUGGAAGAAACAGGCCUCCAUGUCCAUCGCCCGCUAUGGCCACAAGAUGGCAACAAUUGAACAAAAAAUAUUUACAUUUUUAGGAAUGUAUGAGCCGUACUCUGACAUCGAACGGUAUGACCCUGAACAAAACCAGUGGACAAGACUGCGGCCUUUGCUUUAUGACCGUUUUUGCUAUGGAAUGGCCUGCAUUAACAACACCGUUUUGCUUGUUGGGGGUAAAAAAUGGCAGAAUUCGCAAGAAAUUCCAACACAAAAUAUAAUUGAAUAUGAUGAAAAAAAUGAUACUUGGAGUGAAAUCUGCAGGCUCCCUCGUCCUUUGUAUGGAUUGCAGUGUGCAGUAUUGCAUCUUCCCGAAGUGGCGUAGACUUGCAUAGAAUUCGGUGGUGUUAGCUUGAACCAAGAGGGGAAAAAAGAGCUCUCCAAAUAUCGUCAUUCAGGUGUCAAGGAUGGAUUGUUACCUCUGUUCCCAGGACAAAUCGUCCCAGGUUUUUCUCUGAGUAAAUGAGAUGGCAGAAAUGAAAGCUGGUGUAGAAGGUCGGCGGAAUGUUUUGUAUUUGGAUGGAAUAGGAACAAAGUUGGCCUGACACAGGAUUUUUAAAUGAAUGAAGAAUAUCUCAAAAGCCUGCUAAGAAAUGGAAAUUCAGCUUAAAAUCCAUAGGGAGACUUUCAGUAGCUAGUAAGAAAUAAUGAUGUCCAAACAAGAAGUUACGCACACACACGUGCAUAACAUAUGUUGGUUAACGUAAGUGACAGUAUUAGUGGUUGGCAACGUUAAUGCAUCAAACUCUGUAUUGUCUGCAUGGGGUCUCUGCAUGGGUUUUACUUACCAUGACCUUGCUUUAAUUAGACCAGCCCUGGAGCACAAUGACCAACUGACCCUGCUAUGCUGAAAGAACAUUUCUGGAAGGCCACUCGCUCGUUUUAGGGUAGGGUGAUAAUUUCACAGCACCACUCAAUGCAGCAGUCUAACACGUUAACGUUGUUACUGCACAUAUUAUUGCAUAAGCGUAUAAAAUAACAUCAAAGAAGCCCUCCAUUUGCGUCAACUGUCGCCUACCCGCUGCCUUGAACUCUGGUUUUCAUUCAUUAAUGACUUAACUGGCUCAAUUAUAGAAAUGUAGCCCAAGAGAUGGGACACUGCUGUUAUCUUCAUGUUGGUAUCAUCACUGCCCUCAUUUUUGGUCACCAUUCUAAAUUAUAUGUGUUCAUCCUUAGACUUCAUUGACCACUGAAGACUAAACGUCUUCAAGUAGCCUCCACCUUCUUGAGACUGCUGAUCCACAUCGUGGUUGAGGAGGGUCUGAAACUAUCCCAGCAGCCUUUGGAAAGAACCAGCCAUGUGAGGACACACCCACACACACCCACUUUAACUCCAUGGCACUGGGGGUCUGUGUGUCGUCCUUUAUUAUAUCCAAAGAGUUUUCUCCGACAUUCCAAAAGUGUAUGUGUGAAGUUAAUGGACAACUCAAAACAGGCAGAUUGUCCUGAAGUGGUCAAGCAUUCACUCCAGGCUUGGUUUAUGGCCUGACCCUAAUGUUUCUUGACUAGGUUCCAGCCCCCAUGACAUUGAAAUAGAAUACAUGAGUUCAGAAAGUGUUUAGAUAGAUAACAUGUUUGAAUUUCAGCAAACAUCUCAGGAGACAGGCAACCUUAAUGUGGUUUCUUUACCUUUUUGCUGAACUUCAGUUUGACAGAAUUUUGCAUUAAACCACGUAAAGAAAGGAGACAGAUAUUGUCAAUUAAAAGUUAAAAAAGGAAAUCCUGUACAAAAGGGCACCUCUGUCAAUGUAACUUAAAAAUUUAAUUGGAUAACCCGAAGAAAGUGAAGUACGCAAGUGACAAAAAGGCUGCAAUGGGAAGUGAAGCAAGUAAGAAAUGACUGGCAUGGUUGUUUUUAAAGUACAGCAAGUUGUCAGUUAAACUAGAAUAGUGUGGAAUGCUGAAAAGCAAAUGAGUUUUAUUAAGUUAACUGAAUGGAGAUUCUUUGAAGGAAAUUCUUUUCCUAUACAAUGCAUGCUUAAGAAAGCAGUUCAGACUGAGCUGAAAGCUCAGAAACAGCAAGGUGAACAAGGGGAAGGCUUUUGUGAAGGGGACAGAGUACACCGAUUUGAUUUUUUUAAUAUAGGAUUUGGCUUUGAGCAUAAAUGAAUGGAUAUGAUUUAAAGGUGAGACCAAAUAACUACAAAGUUUGUUUGAUUGUCCAUUCAUUACUGAAAUAGUACAUUUAAUAAGAGAAGUCAACAUCUGCUGUCAAUAGGCUUCAGAUGCAAAAGUCACUGUGACACAGACAACAUUCCUUCUUCAGUGUUUUCUUUUCUUCCGGAAGUCAAAUCCAAACAGCAUGUUCUCUACCUUUCCCAACUGGUAUUUACCACCAGCAAUUAAAAUGAAUCCCAAUUUCAUUGUCUUCACAUUCUGUUUGUGAACAUAUUGUUAGUAGCCAUUUGGUUCAGGCCGCCAUCCUGCUACCUUGCAGCUUAGCCAUCAUGUGCCCUUAAGUGUACUCUCAUCAACCCAUUUUUUUUCACUAGUUUAGCAGUGAUUGCCUUCCCUGACCUAAAAUAACUUUAAGGUGUUUAAUGCUUUAAUUUUGCUACUUAUAUUAGGUGGGAGUUUAAGUAGCUCUGCUGACCGGCACUGUUAUAGUCUGCAUGAAGAGGAUUCAAAGGACUGGCAUUGUGUGACAAAAUAACCCAAAUACAGUACUCUGCAUUAAAUUAAACUCCUUAGCAUAAUGUUUACCCCAGAAAAACGAGCCAAAAAAGUUAACAAGAAAAAAAUAUUAUUAUGUGUAAGAGAAACAUGUACAUAACAACAUGUCAACAUAAACACAGUAGGAAAGGUGUGGUGAGUGUCCACUGCUGUACUGAUGCAGAUUUAGUACACCUCCUUGAUGCGACAUGUUUUGAAACUGUCACCAAUGCACAGCCUAACGGCACAGCCGGGACAGUAGUAAUGUGUUUCUUUGCACACUUGUCUUAUGUUAUUUUUUCUGAUCCUUGAGCAUGAGAGGGUCUGCACGAUCGACGCGCCCCUUCUGUUAUUAUAGAGUACCACAGAGCAAGGCUUUGUGACUUCCACAUAUCCUCUGUCACGAACAUUGACAGUUUCUGUAUUGUGAACAACACUUAGGAGGCUAACAUCUUGUCCUUCCACUUGAUUGUAGUCAUUUUGACUUUUUGCCACAGAUACUGCACCCUGUUGCAACUCUAUGCGACUGAAGUCACCAGGCAUAUCAUGGCAGUUUGGUGCCAUAUGCAUUCAUGUCAAUGUCUGACAAACGAUACACAUCAUCAUUGCUAGCACUUGUUUCAACUAAUGCUUCAGCUUCAUGCUUCUUCAUUGUGUGCUUUUGUUGAAGGCUUCACCCCUCUCAUAAAUAUUCCCGAUUUUGUUUGCAGAAUGAUGCUAUUUUAUUUACUGUCCUGAACGUUACAUCACCUCGUAUCAGCCUAUCCAGAGAGACUGCUUUACAUAGAAUUCUCGGGGUUAACGCCAAGGAGGUCAAAUCUCUCAUUAGGUCUUUACACGUGGAACUUAAAACGUUCAUUUAUAUCUUGCAUAUAGAGGAACCACAUUAUAAUCCCAGUGUUGUGAAUCCUUACAAUAGACAGCAGGAUGGGUUCACUGAAAUGCAAUGCAGGGUGCUGGUCAGUGGGACUGAAUUAUAACUUAUCUGAGUAGGAAUCAGGCUAAAGUUUUUUUUAAUAAAUGGGAGAUGAAAUGGCAUUGGGCUUUUGAAGAACAAUAAGCUUAUUUUAAUGAUAAACUGUGAAUCAAUCUCAUGUAAUAAAAGUGUAGCAUAGUGAAGGAUGCUGUCAAAAGUGUGGUAGUGCUUGAGAUUGUGUACCGAAUUAAAACUGUGCAUGGAUCUGA